AUGACACAAGAACAUAUAGAUUAUUUGGAAAAACGACUUGGUAUAAGCAAAAAGCCCGUUACUGCCAGAUUUCUUUCUCGAAAAUGGAUGGUGCCAGCAAAGGAAGCAUCAGAAAUAAUGCACCAUUUCUACACCUCUCAUCAAACGGACAGUGUGUUUAAAGAUCUUUCAAUAAAGUACAGUGUAUGUGGGAAACAAAAAGCAGUCAAAAAGAUGGACAAAGAGGAGAAUUUUGAGAGGCACGCAGACGUUUUAGUGAAAAUUGUUGAUAAGGAUGACUUGAAUGACAGUAUAGAGAAACUCUUCUCUAGUGUUGUUUCUUGUCAGAUGUACAGUAUGCAUUUACAAUCGGCAGUCUCAUUGACUAACAUUAUCGAUACUUGUACCACCAACAAGUGGAGCUUUUCUGAGGAAAAUAUGACAAAGUGUGGGAUUCUUCAAACUGCUACUAACGGUAUUCUUGAACAGCCUGAGGAACAGCAGGAAGAUCGGCCUGCACGUAGAGCUCAAACCGAGCCACUGAAGGCUCAGAAUUCAAUACAUAUUGAAGAUAAGUCGGAGAGCAAGACUCAAGACAAGACUGAAAGCAAGACUAAAGCCAAGAUGGAAGAUCAUGACAAAAGCCGUCCAGUUUAUGUGUCUCGUAAGGCCAGCUCGAAUCCUACGCCAUCAACUUCAGCAUCCACAAAGAUCAGCACCGAGGCAAGAAAGCCUCUUUAUACUUCCAGAAAAAGAAAUAAGGAACCAGCCGAGGUAGGAAAUAAAGACAUUUCAAGUGCAACUUCUUCUAAAAGAGCAAAACUCUCCUCACAGGCUGAGAGGAAAAAACAAGAAGACGAGAAAAAGGGGCUUGCAAAAAUGCUUGAGGACGAUUUCAGUGAUGACGCCUUUGAAAACGUGAAUCAAGGUGAUGAUGACAGCACUGUAGAAAAAGAAACAGAAUACAAGUACGACGAUAUAGACAUAGCCGAGCCUGAAGAAGAAAAAAGUAACGAAGCCCAGGGAAAGACAAUGCAUGAGAGUCAGGAAGAAACAGAAGCAACCCUUGAAAACAUCAGCGAAGACGACGUUGCAGAAAAUCCAGCGACUAUUUCUUCAAACCAGCCAGCAGAGCCUCAGCCAGAUGUGGAAACUUACGUUGAUGCUGAUGGAUAUGUGGUACGGAAAGUCAAUCGGAAGACAGCAAAACCUGCUCAAUCGUCUACCACGCCAGCAAAAAGUUCUUACACUAUCGAUACCAAACCCUUGAAAAACAAGGGUGGUAACAGUGCUAGGAAACAGUCGAAUUUGAUGUCUUUUUUCAAAAAGAAGGACUAG